AUGCAAGGAGACGAGGUAGAAUUUGAAUUUACACCAAGUUUAUUAGAGACUCCAUCAUUAAUGACUCCAAAUAUUGUUUUAAAUGCACCAUCAAUAAAAUCAGUAUUCCAAAUGACGCGUACAAAUAUUUCUAUUCCAAGUGAUAUUAUAUCAACAUCUAAUCCAUCAUUAAUAAUAACAACAACAACUAGGGAGACCCAACCAUCUAUAUUUUCAGCUGAUGUCAAAGUAUCAAAAAUUGAAGAUGAACUUAAACAAAGUGUAGCUGAAUCACGUAGACCAACACCAUCACCAUUUCAAAACAUAUCUUCAAAUAAUGUUUUUAUUUUGGAUAAAACUCCUGUUAUUACUAAUGACGACGGAACAACAAUUGAAAUACCAUCAACAGCCGAUGUUGUUAAAGAAUUAGAAGCACUUACAAAUGUAAAUCCAUUACAAUUUCAAGAAAAAGUAUUAAUCAAUGAUAAUCAUGAACGUGAUACAACAACCACAACAAUGAACGGUGAUAAUAUUCAUUAUGAUUCACCUCCAACAUUAAGUAUGGGUAUUGUAUCACCGAAAAAAAAAUUUCUUAUACGUAGUCAAUCCCAUACAGAACCAAUGUCACCUAUACAAAAUAAUAAUAAUAAUAAUUUGUCUCAAUCUCAAAAAUCCAAUAAUGAUAAUAGUAUUUUAAAUACACAAAGUAGUCUUGAUGAUGAGAAUUCAAUAGAUGACCCUAUUAAUAAUCAAUUUACACGAACAACAGGUUUAUCAACAAUAACACAUCCUAGUGAUACAAAUAUUGAUAAUAAUCAACAAUUUAAAUCUAUUAUUGAUAAUGGAUUUGAACAUCAUCUAAAUAUACAAUUAAAGACUGAACAAAAUAUAAUACCUCAUCCAAUAAUUAAACAACAACAACCAAUUGUACUUAAUUCUAUUAAUAAUAGUCAUAAACGAACGUUUCAGUCGACUAAUAUUGGUAAUAAUAUUCCACCAUUAACAAAAACAAAUACAGUUAUCAUGCCGCAACCAUCAUUAAAUGAGGUGACAUCAACUGAUCAAUUAUCAACUGCAAAACGACAACGAACAACUCCAAUACCAAUAAAUACAACAGUUAUGAAUUUUCGUUCAUCUUUUCCAUCAUCAGCAGCAGUAGCAGCACCAGGGACAAAUACAUUAACUACAACCACGACAACGAAUGGUACUAAUGGAAAUGUUGGAUCUGAAGAUCAACGUAAGAAGCAAAUUCGUGAUAGUAAUCGUGAAGCAGCACGACGUUGUCGAGAACGUCGUCGACAAUAUAUUGAACAACUUGAAGGAACUUUAGAACAACAUAAAACACAAAUAAAACAAUUAAGUGAAAAAUUAGCUCGUGUAGAACGUGAAAAUACACAAUUACGAGCUAUACUUUCAGAAACAAAACUUCUUCAUCAAGCACCACGUAUGUCAGCGAAUGAAGGACAUGUUGAUUAUACUAAUGUUGUCACAGCAACUGGAAUGAAUAUAAAUUCCGAAUCAAAUCAUCAAAUUGAUGGAAGAACAAUACAAAGAAGUUAUAUUGAUAGAAAUAAUCUUUAG